AUGUGCGGCAUUCGACGGCACGGCUGCCAACGAAAGCGGCACCAGCUGUGCGACUGGAGUAAGCUCGAGUCCGGCUGUAGAGAGGCCAACAGCGCUUUCCUUAUCCGCCGCCUGCUGAAUCAGCCGCUGCGCAGUGCCGCGUGGGGAAUGCGAGAUGCGUGUCGUGACAGCGGCCAGACACGCACACGCGUGCCACGCAGCCCAAAGUGCGUGGACAGCCGUUGUAUAAGCGUGCUGGCUGUGGCAGCGCUGGGCGCCUGCCUCACAGCUGACGCACCGCCACCCAGCCUACCCUCCUCGUCGGGUCCCGACGAGCCGACGACGGCCGACGGGGCAGGCGAGGUCGACGAGAAGGCGGCGGCAGCAGUGGCGACCGCGCCAGGAUCUCCGACGGCCGGCGCAGACCUGGGUCCGCUACCCCCACUCAACAUAGACCCGGGGCUGCGCAAGGCGCUGCUGCAGGCGCUCACCAAGUUGGAAGAAGAGGCGCAGGAGCAGCUCGCUGAGGAGGAGCGCCAGCAGGGCUCACCAGAGCUGGUGCGGCCCUCGGCCAGCGGUCUGCCUGGUACAGCUCCUGCGUCCGGACCGGACACUGGAGUCCAGGUGACGUCACGCGGCACUUCCGGUGCCGGCGGCGACUUCAACUACUUCACCAGCCCGGGGGGCCGCCCCACUGCGGAGGCCAGCAGGGACCCAGAACCUGUCUCCACCACCACGACCACCACAACCACCACCACCACCACCACCACAAGCACGACGGCACCGCCGCCAACGGCCAUCCCACGCAACCACCGCCCAGAGAGCGAACCGCCACGCCCUUUGCCCUUCAACCUACCGGCCAGCCCUCUGCCUACGGCGGCGACCCUGCUGUCGCAGCCACCGUCCGCGAGAGCUAGCGCAGGCGUCACCGGCGAAGACAUCCGCUCCAACGUCAUCCCCUCCUCGUCGUCGCUGGUCCAGCAGAAGCCCGUCGUGACGUCAGAGCUGGUCAAGAGCGUCUCCACCAACCUCCCCAGCGCGCCAGCGGCCAACAACAUCACCAACGGCACCACCGGCGGAAAGCCAGAGGUCGCCAUAUUCCAGGCGCCGCUGGUGGCGGCGUUCACGCUGCACCACGACCUGACCGGCCUGCCGCAGAGCGUGGAGCCGCUGGUGGAGGCUCCAGUGGCGUCUCCGAUCGCCUUCCAGCAGCAGCUGCUGGCCGUGCACCAGCGCCACGUCUUCCUCAAGCAGCAGCGCCAGAAGAUAGACGAGCUGGAGAGGCAGCGGCAGCAGCAGCAGCAGCAGGCCUUCUUCUCUGGCAGGCCGACACUGCAGGGAUUCAGGUCCCAGAGGCAGGAGCAGCAGUCGGCGACGGCCAACCCCGGCGUCGUGGACGUGCUGCCCAGCGUGGGCGCCGAGCUGAAGCCGCCGCCCCCGCCCCUGCCGCGCAACAACGUCAACAACAACAACAACAACGCGGCGCAGUUUCGCGGGUUUUCCCCAGCGCUGAGUCAGCGCCUGCCGGCUUUCCUGCCGACGCCCGCAUCGCCUCAGCAACAGCUGCGGGCGCAGCAGCAGCAGCAACAGCAGCAGCUGCUGCAGUCCGGCACGAGCCCCGUGCUGAGUAGGCAGGUCCCAGACGGCAGGGGACAGCAGGUGCUGAUACAGCAGUCAGUGCCCUUCUCGCUGCCCGUACAGCCGCAGCCGCAGGACGUUUCGUUCCAGCAGUUCCCGCAGCUGGGCAGCUUCCAGCCGGGCCCGCAGGCCUUCCGCCCCCAGCGCCAGCAGCCGCCGCCGCCGCCCUUCGGCUUCCGGCCGCUGUCCCCCCAGCAGUACGACACCAUCACGCCGGCCCUCCAGUCCCUGCAGAGGCAGCAGCAGCAGCAGCAGCUGUUCCGGCCGCGGCCCAACCUCCUGCAGAACAACCUCCUGGGCGGAGCCCUCCGGGAGGACAUCGACAUCGUGUCCAAGGUGCUCAGCCUCAACCACCAGCGCCGCAACGACACGGCUGAGGAGGAAGAGCCCUCACUCAGCCCUUGA